AGUCACCCAACACGACCAGGCCGCGCUUAUUUUGUAGAGCUAUGCGCAUGGACUGCGGUUUCCCGCUGCCUUCCCUUUACUCUCCACUUCGAUAGCUACUAUUGGACAAUCGAUCGUAUCUUACUGACAUCUUACAACGUAUAUUGCCAAAAGCUCCCCGCAAUGGAAUCUCCUCCCUUCAGACCAAAGCCCCUCCCCGCCCACCUCAUCAACGGCCACUCUCCGCUUGCACAGUCCUCCAAGGUCGGUGACAAAGACAAAGCUACCGAAAUGCGCGACCGAAAAGAGCGCGACAACCUCUACUCGUCAAUCGAGGCCUCGAAUCGCGGACGCCAGAUCGUCAAUUUCGACGGGCCCGACGGCUACUUUCCCAAGCCCACCACCAGUGCCGACACUCAUGGCCACGAUGCGCACCAGGAGUAUGAGCUCGUUCACAGUGGCAUCGACGUCGAAGGCUACGUUGACGAGCACUCUCCGAAAACGCCGCUUGCCACAAGUCGCGCACACAGUCCUUAUACCCAGCACCCUACCAUUGACUUCGAUGGCUUGAGCUGGCCGAGCAAGGGCACCCGCGAACGGAAGGAAGCUACCGCUGAGGAGAAAGAGCAGCGGCUGGCAAAAUUGUCAGGCGCCGUGCGAACCAUACUAGAAUGCAUCGGGGAGGACCCGGACCGUGAGGGCCUUUUAGAUACCCCGGAUCGCUACGCGAAAGCGCUACUCUUCUUCACCAAGGGCUACGAGGAAAACUUGCGCGAAAUCGUCAAUGGUGCUGUUUUCCAUGAAGACCACGACGAGCUGGUGAUAGUAAAGGAUAUCGAAAUCUUCUCGCUGUGCGAGCACCACCUCGUGCCUUUUACUGGCAAGAUGCACAUUGGAUACAUCCCCAACCGUCGAGUAAUCGGUCUCUCUAAGCUUGCUCGAAUCGCCGAAAUGUUCGCCCGUCGCCUGCAGGUCCAGGAACGCCUCACCAAACAGGUUGCGCUUGCUCUCUCGGAAAUGCUUCAGCCACAAGGUGUUGCCGUCGUAGUAGAAUCGAGCCAUUUCUGCAUGGUGAUGCGCGGAGUGCAGAAGACAACUGCAAGCACUACCACCAGCUGCAUGCUCGGCCGCAUGCGGUCGACCGCCAAAACCAGGGAAGAAUUCUUGAACCUCAUCAAGCGAAAUUAAAAAGGUUGCGCAUAGUAUACUCCUUUACCGUUUCAUGUAUCACAACUAGGGCUGCAAACGUUCGGCGUUUACGGCGGUGUUCAUCCACUCACGUAGGGCGGUCAUGGUUGGUUCUUUGCAUUCAUCUAGACUAGAUGCAUUAUGGCCUUCAACAGGCGCCCGUGGACCUAAAAGAGGUCGCUGCAUGGUGGACUCGUCUUUUUAUCACAAUCAUGGUUUAUCAGCGCUGCAAGCGCAAAUACUGGGUACGUUGUGUUCUUCUGGAGGUGGCUUCAAAAUGUCUCCAAACUAUAUGAUGAUAUUACGCUUUCACGGCGUGGGUUGUUAGAUGGUGGAGUUGUCUACCUCUCGCUCCUUCCUUUUCUACUGAACAUGUGCCAUGGUGUUGUUUUGUUGAUAUCACAAUCACUCACGU